CCAAGUGAAGUUGUGUUUCUGAUUAGAAGUUUAAAGAAAAAGUGAAGAUAUGGCCCCAAUUAAAUUUUACCAUUUUAACAUUAGUCCCCCAUCACGUUUACCCAUGCUAACUAUUAGGAACCUGAAUUUGGAUGUGGAAAUAAUUGUUAUCGACACCAUGAAGAAGGAGCAAAUGAGUCCUGAAUUCAUGAAAAUCAACCCUCAACAUACAGUGCCAACCAUUGACGACAAUGGAUUUAUUCUGUGGGAGUCUCGUGCUAUUGCUUCAUAUUUAGUAUCGGCCAAAGCUCCCGGAAGCUCACUGUAUCCUUCGGACAUAAAGAAGAGGGCCAUUGUGGAUGCGAGAUUGUUCUUGGAUCAAGAAAUGCAAAAUGCUACUCUCCCAGUUAUGCAUGCCAUCUACAACCAAGAACCAAAAGAUGUCUUUAUAAGUAAGACUGAAAAGGUCUACAAGAUCCUUGAAAAUUUGAACACAUUUAUGGAGGGACAGAAGUAUGUUGCCGGUAAUGAACUAACUAUAGCCGAUCUGGCAUUUUUAGCCAAUAUCUCCACCCUUUACGAAAUUGGAGCAAAUAUCAACAAAUUCAAAAACAUUGCUGCUUGGUUCAAGAGGCUGGAGAAUAUUCCUGGUUACCAGGAGAACCUUGAGGGCGCUAAAGUCAUUGGGGAAACUUUUAGACCAAAGAUGACCUUCAAAGGAACUUGGGAUGAUUAAAUGAAUUGAUAUCAAUAUGAUCAUGAGUAAUCAAAAUGAAUAUUGCAGAGCUAUAACAGAAAAAUCUUAUUCAUAAUCAAAUAAUGAAUA